UAAUCUGCUGUCUUUCCCUUUUGCUGCGCAAGAUGUCCCUCUAUGCCCGAUCGGGUAGCUGCAGUGAAGCACUAGCACUCGCUUAUCUUAUCGUGAACCCUGCAGAAAAAGUUACGCAACCCCACAGUCGUUUCUGCGACACAUGUCAACAACAACUCAAUCACAUUUCAAGAUGACUGAACAAGCAACAGAAGAAGAUAUCCUCCUCGCCAAGCGCAUCAUUUCGGCGGCGGAGCGUCACGAUGUGCCAGCGUUGAACAUCCUGCUCAAGGACGGAUCGGCAAACGUGCAAGACCCCACAGCAACAGUAUCAACAUCACCACUUCACGCAGCAAUUGCAGCUUGUGGCAAGGCUGAGGAUGGGAAAGAAGCCAGUGAUGCCGCGGUUCAAACGGUAGAAACACUUCUUCAAAAUGGCGCCAUCUGGAACGAUCUCAACAAAGAGGACGAGACACCAGGAUGCAUCGCUCUCCGCUUAGGCCAAAAGAAGAUCUACGAGAUGAUGGUUGAAGCCGGUGUACGUGCUGAAAUCCUCUUCGCUCGACUAGAAGCGCUCGGCAUGGGCGACAAUGAUGUAGAAGAAGAAGCCGAUGAGGAAGAAGACACAGAGCAACCUGCCGCCAAGAAGCAAAAGGUCUCGGAAGAAGACGCCAAAGCCAUCGAACAGGUUGUCGAGGAAAAGGUUCUUGACGAUGUCUCUCUUGACAACAAGGCCUACCUUAGAAGUCAACUCCGCUACAAACCCGGCAUUCUCCUUGACGAAUCCGACAACGCUGUUAUGAUGGACUGGGAAACGCAAAUUAUGCAACGCCAUGCCGAGACUCUGAUCCCUAAGAAGGGUCUCCGUACUAUGAACGUAGGCCACGGAAUGGGUAUCGUGGAUACUGCUAUUCUUACGCACGAUCCUGCAGAGCACCACAUCAUCGAGGCGCAUCCACAGGUACACCAGCGUCUCCGUGAGCAAGGCUGGUACGACAAGCCCAAUGUCAAGAUUCACGAGGGCCGGUGGCAAGAUAUCUUGCCUAAGCUGGUAGAGCAGGGCGUCGUGCUAGAUGCAAUCUAUUACGACACCUUUGCUGAGGAUUACAAGGCACUCAAGGAGUUCUUCGCCGAAUAUGUGGUUGCGCUGCUGGCCAAGGAUGGCAAGUUUGGUUGGUACAAUGGACUAGGUGCUGAUCGCCAGAUUUGCUAUGACGUUUACACAAAGGUUGCUGAGAUGGACCUCUACGAGGCGGGUUUCGAUACCGAAUGGGAGGAGAUCAACGUACCAUCUGGUCUGCAUGGAAGUGAUCAGUGGGAAGGAACCAGGAGGCCAUACUGGACAAUCGACAUUUAUAGGUUGCCUGUGAACACUUUCGUCAAGUGACGGCGACGUCGAAGAAGGAGAGAGCAUUGACUACUUGGCGAUGUUACGCCUGAUCGUCAAGGAGACACCGGCGAGUGUCACUCUCACAAUGUGGCAAUGACGAUCUAUGCAUUUGUUUUUGCUAGCAAAAUCUAGCUACAGCAAUCGAAAAUCAUCGGAUAUUAUAGAAACACUUCGUGGCAGACUGCCAUAGAGGGCGAGUCUUGACCUCCACAACAGAAAUUCCAAGUCGAACGAAUAAAUCGUCUCGUAACGCUAUGACCU